AUGUCCCCCUCUACAACCUAUGCUGAAAAUAUGGCGGCCAUUGAUGCGCCUUUGAAGAAUGGUUAUCAUUUCACCGAGCCUAAGUACCCCGAAAGCACGACCGCUGCUUUGCAAAUCGAGCGACACGACUACGCUGACGUGGCUCCCUCAAACCGCAAGCGUGCUCACUCAAUGGAGGGUUUCGAGGAUGUCUACACCGACAUCGUCGACUACAUUGUGCGAUGCACCCAUCGGAUCUGGGACGAGCGCGACAUCGGCUUGAUUUAUACUCACUACACCCACAAUUGUGUCCUUUAUGGGACCAUGGAGACAAUAUACGACCGCGAAUCUAUCGUUCGUGAUACAAUUCAGCGUCUUGUAUCUCUUCCCGAGCGCCGUGGAAUGGCCACCCAGGUCCUAUGGAACGGCGAUGACAAGGAGGGAUUUUAUACUUCCCAUUUGGUGACCGGUGCAGGACGCCACACCCAGAAUGGUCACUGGGGUCCUGCAACUGGCAAAACUUUCGUUUCACGUACCAUCGCCGACUGCAUGGUUUACAAAAACAAAAUCUAUCGGGAGUGGGUGGUCGCCGAUACCAUGGCGAUUCUGAAGCAACUAGGUGUUGAUCCCAACCCCUUUGCCCAUGACGCGGCCAAGGCGCUUUUUGAUAAGGGCAUAGAAUCCAUCGACAUCGGCGAAAACCGCCGGAUAAUUGGCCAGAGGCUCCCCGAGUGGAAAGCCGACACUUCUAUCGCCAACAAUGAAAUCGAGGUACAGACUCUGGAGUGGCUUCACGAUAUGUGGAACUGCCGCAUGUUUGGGCGCGUUGAAAAGCACUAUGCUCCGAAUGCACAAUACCAUGGACCCAAGAUGACCGAACUGUACGGCCCGGCUGCUGUCUUGCACCAGCAUCUCGCUCUUCUAGGCUCUAUUCCCGAUCUUGCCUUCAUGCCACAACAUAUCUUGUCCACCCCUUGUGAGGAAGGUGGAGUCAAGGUGGCUGUGCGAUGGGUGAUGGAGGGUCACCAUCUAGGGUUUGGUAUUCUGUCUGAACUUGGCAAGCCUACCGGCUUGCGUCUUCAGGUCAUGGGUGCUACUCAUUACCACUACAAGAAUGAUCGCAUUGUUGAUGAGUGGAAUGUUUAUGAUGAGCUGUCACUGCUUACCCAGAUUAAGCUGGGCCAGAUGGUUCAAGAAGCGAGAAAAUAG